AUGCGCGCAUACUGGUACGACAACAAGCCGGGCGAUCAACGCGAGCCCCAUGAUUCCGGCCGCGCCGUCUCCGAAGAAGUCCUCGCCAACCUAGGCGUUCUCUACCACCACUGCCCGACACUCGAGGCGGUCUGCGUAUCGCCAGCGACGAUGGGCGAUAUCUACGAGGAGAAGGUGAAGAUGUUCUUCGCGGAGCAUCUGCAUGAGGAUGAGGAGAUUCGGUAUAUCCUUGAUGGGGAGGGAUACUUUGAUGUUCGGGGACAGGAGGAUGAGUGGAUUCGGAUUUGUUUGAAUAAGGAUGAUAUGAUUAUCUUGCCUGCUGGGAUUUAUCAUCGGUUUACGACGAAUGAGCAGAACUACGUCAAGGCAAUGCGUCUCUUCCAAGACGAGCCUAAGUGGACACCGCUGAAUCGGGGUGCUGAGGUCGAUGUUAACCCUCAUCGCAAGACCUAUGUGGAUACUGUUCUGCAGCCUGCUGCUGCUGUGUAA